AUGUAUUCAGAUUUCAGUAUUAGUCGGGUGCAGCUAACUUCAUAGAUAUAAUUUGGUAUUUAUUUUAAAUAUUACUCCUUUACUCAAUUGUAAAAGUUUCUCGCUAAGUCAGAACUAUUGAAAUCGUGAAAACACUAAUAUAACCCGUUGACGUAAAUUAAAUGCAAUCAAAUGACAGUCGGUUGAUCUCGCUUGAAGACGUGUUCUAAAGCAGUUCAUUACGGAUACACUGCUGUGAUGCCUGUCAAUUAGAACACUUGUCUAGGAGCUUUUAGUAUUAAUUGUGGUCAGACAUUCUCGACACUCUUCGUGUAGUUUUAGCUUUGUUUUGAUAUUUUUAGCGGUAUAACUUAUUAAAAAAAUGAGUGUGGUUCAAGGCGGUCUCAGCAAACUGAAAAAGAAACACAUCGGUGUAAAGAGGCAAAAGGUCAAAUUGUUUCGUGCAAACGAACCGUUGCUGUCUGUUCUCAUGUGGGGUGUCAACCAUACUAUAAAUGAAUUGAGUCAUGUAACAAUACCUGUAAUGUUGCUGCCUGAUGAUUUUCGAGCCUAUUCAAAAGUCAAAGUUGAUAACCAUUUAUUUAACAAAGAAAACAUGCCGAGUCACUUUAAAAUCAAAGAGUAUUGUCCACUGGUAUUUCGUAACCUUAGGGAAAGAUUUGGCAUCGAUGAUCUAGACUACAAAGAAUCAAUGACACGGUUUUCCGAAGAAAGUAGUUAUUGCUGUCGCAAAGGUCUACGUAGAUCUAUGACCAUGUAUAAUCGAAGAUCAUUGACAGCACCUAAUUUACAAUUGGAAACAGUUAACUAUAACCCUAAGAAAUUGAAAAUGUAUGGUUCUUUAAAAAGAAGAUCACAACCUGUUUCUGCAGAUGCUUCUGGUAAAAGUAAUUCAGGAUUUUACUAUUCUUAUGACAAAUUAUUUAUAAUUAAGACACUGACUAGUGAAGAAGUCGAACGAAUGCACUCCUUUUUAAAGCACUAUCAUCCAUAUGUUGUAGAAAGACAUGGAAAAACAUUGCUUCCACAGUAUUUGGGAAUGUAUCGUUUGACUGUUGAUGGUGAUGAACAUUAUGUUGUAGCCAUGAGAAAUGCAUUUAGCAAUCAUUUGGCCACUCAUAAGAAAUUUGAUCUCAAAGGUUCUACGGUUGACAGAGAAGCUUCAGAUAAGGAGAAGGAAAAAGACUUGCCUACAUACAAAGAUAAUGAUUUUGUUAAAGAACGUACAAAGAUUUACAUUGGUGAUGAAGCAAAAGAUAAGCUAUUAGAAACUUUAGGAGCAGAUGUUGAUUUUUUGACUGGUUUACAUUUGAUGGACUACAGCUUACUGUUAGGUAUACACGACUGCACUCGUGCUGAACGAGAGAGAGAGGAAGCGCUUGCCAGUGGUGCUGGAACCAUAGAUGUAGAAGGCGAAGAAGACGAGGACGCUGAAGACAGCGAAGGAGCUGGAAAUACUGUAACAUGGGCUAAUACGCCGCCAGAUUCACCACAUAGCCUGUUAGCUCGUGACACUAGCCUAUGCCAGUAUGAUACAGCUGCCAUAAUACCCGAUCUCGAUAUUUAUGCCAUACCCAGCAGCGAAGGUGCCCCAGUACGAGAAAUUUACUUCAUUGCAUUAAUUGAUGUACUUACCCAUUAUGGUGUGAAAAAACAGGCUGCUAAAGCUGCAAAGACAGUCAAAUAUGGAUCAAAUGUAGAUGGCAUUUCGACUUGCGAUCCCGAACAAUAUGGCAAACGUUUUAUUGAAUUUUUAUCAAAAGCUAUUGAAUAAAUAUAAUAAACUAUAAUUUUAAAUUUCUUCCAGUAAAAAAAAAAAACAUUUAUAAAUAUAGUAUUAUUAUUAAUAACGCUAGAUUGUUAUUGUAUACAAUACCGCUUGCUUUAUAAUCACUAUAUUAUUAAUAUAGAUAGGAAUGAUCAUACUUUAUUUUUUACUUCUUUUGUAGAGUUUAAUUAAUUGCUUAAUUUUGUUUUUAUAUUAUCAUAACUUAUUGUGUGGCCAAAAGUUAAAUCACUAUUAUUUUAUAGUUACCUUAAUGUUUAAGAUUAAUGUCUUUGGAAAAUCAAUAGUGUUUAGAAUAGCACAAUUUACAAAAACAUUUUGUUCAAAUUACUACUUG